UCCACAUGAACACGGAAAUUCGUCACUGAUCAUUAGACACCGCCUGAACAACACAUGUGAGAUUAAAAAGUGAAAUUAAAACUCAAAACACCUACAGCUAGAUACUUUUUAGAGAUGACAACGCAGGAGGUGCGUUUAUGUGGGCUGUUACUGCAGGAGCACUUUGGAAAUGUGGUGGAGAAAGUGGGCACGCAUCUCAUCCGCAGUGGAGUUCUGACCUUGCGAGCUCUUGCCCAUGAGACCAAACUUCCUCUUGACCUGGUCAAGAAGUCUCUGUGUGUGCUGGUGCAGCAUGGGAUGUGUACGUUUGGUGCUGGGCGUCGUGGUCCAGCAGGACCUGUGGAAUAUCGCAUCAACUGUGAGCACGUCUUCCACAUGCUCCGUUAUCCACGCUACAUCUACACCGCCAAGAGUCUUUAUGGAGACACAGGCGAGCUCAUUGUUGAGGAGAUACUGCAGAGAGGACAUAUGACUAUGAGCAGCACAGUCAAGACUGUAGCAGACCGGCUGACCCACAAUAUGCCAGAGGGCCAGAGUAUGGACUACAGUGAGGUUGUCUCUGUGUUUUCCCAGUUGGUUGAGACUCAUUUCCUGCAGCGUUGUCCUCCUUUGGCCUCAGCAGGAUCAUCAAGCUCAGGAGCAGUCGACACCCCCCUUCCGGUUGCAACACAGCCCACUGAACCAGAGAGCCACCCAGACUGCUACAAACUACCCUAUAUCAAUCUCACCGGUCAAGGAAAACGCAGACGCUCAAGCGAGGAUGGUGAAGCUGACCAGUGUGCGGCAAAGAAAGCCCGGACAGACAAUAGUGAGUGUGGUGAUGACGACGGGAUCUAUUGGCAGGUGAAUUUUCAACGCUUUCACCUGCACUUCAGGGACCAGGCCAUCAUUAGUGCUGUUUCCUGUAAACUUGAUCAGAGUAGCAGUGAGAUUGUUAGAACCAUGUUACGGAUGAGUGAAGUUACCACGCCGGCUCACGCUGCUUUCACACAAGCUCUUUCAGCCAACGAGAUUUUCCGAGCUCUUCUAUCCAGUUACAACAUCGCCAGACCAAUUUUAGAUCAAUACCUCUCUCUCCUGGUGGAUGAUCCGAUGGAAUUUGUGGGGAAGACAGGCGACAGUGGAGGAGGAAUGUAUGUCGUCAAUCUACACCGUGCACUGGCUAACCUGGCCAGAGCCACCCUGGAGUCUGUGGUCCAAGAGAGGUUUGGUUCCCGCUCAGCUCGAAUCUUUCGUCUGUUACUGCGGAAACGGCACCUGGAACAGAAGCAGGUGGAGGAUUUUGCCAUGAUUCCAGCCAAAGAGGCUAAAGACAUGCUGUACAAACUCCUGUCUGAGAACCUGGUCCAGCUCCAGGAAAUCCCAAAAACGCCAGACUACGCCCCAUCUCGCACCUUUUACCUGUACACAGUUAAUCAGCUGCCCACUGCCAGACUACUUCUGCAACACUGCUACAAGACCGUUGGCAACCUGAUCGAGAGGCGGCUGUACGAGACCAAAGAGAACAAGCGACUUUUGGAAAAGUCCCAGCGAAUUGAGGCCAUCCUGGCAUCCUUGCAGGCCACAGGGGCAGAGGCGGCCCAGCUGACGGAGGUGGAGGAGAUGAUCACAGUUCCAGAAAGACAGCAGCUCGAGUCCCUACGGCACCACAUCAACAAGUUGGAUUCCAGUGAAAACCAGGUGGAUGAGACCAUAUUUCUUCUGAAAUCCUACAUUAACUCUACACAGGCCUCUCGCUGACAGAUUUCAUGCAACUGUAGGCUAGUUCAGAAAACAAAGUUGUUGAUGUUUGUUUGAAAAGAGGUGAAAUUGGUGGCUAAAGAAGAGUAGAUGGGGCUAUUGCUGUUUUCAAACGGAGAUGUUUAUUUCUUUUGCUACAAAUCAGUGACUGAUUUGUAUUUAAUAGUGUGAGUAUUUUGUGUAGUUGUGAACCAUUUUAUUUUCCACAGGAAAAAUAAAGAUGUAAUUCUUUUAUUUAAUGGUUUACAAUUUUUUUAUUUAAUAAUUUGUCUUGAUGUCAAAAAAGCAUGUGCCUUGAACAUGAAGACUGAAACAGACAUUGUUAUUUCUGUUAAGAAAAAAAAUGAAAUAAACUGAUCGCUUGGUAUUACUACAUAUGUUUUCAACUUAAAUACAAAUUUCAUUAUUUUCUUUUUCACAAAUAGUGCAUUUGCUUGUUUUCCUGCUCGUUCUUUCGGUAAAACCUUUUGCAACACUGGGAUUCGUGUGCUUUUUUGUGCCUCAACAGAAUCCAAAUAAAACGUUAGGUGUGAG